GGAUACAGCUUCCGCGCAUGCGCAAAUUGCGGCUUCUCAUAAAUGGAGGCUUUUUGAAAUGGUCUGUCGAUUGACGAGUAAAAACAAUUAUUGUAUGAACAAAAGUAUUCAGCGUGUUGUCACUUUUACAGACAACGAUCACUUAUGGAUUCUAAUGUUGAUGCUAUAGAGGAGAUGGAGAAAGAAAGGUCAAUGUCUCCAGCUGCGCAGUCGCCUGUCAUGCACCGUAACCCAUCACCACCCCCAGAAGGUGCUGAGGCAGAGGAAGGUGAAGAUGUGGAUGCGAUUGGAAACACUGUGUACAGCAAGCAUUGGCUUUUCAGCACCCUGACGCGUCUCAUCCAUAUGGUCACUGAGCAUUCAGAGAAAGACUCUGAAGGUCCAGUGCAGCUCAGUGAUGAUGAAGAGGAAGAUUUAUGCAGAGUCUGGGAUAUGGUAAUGGAUAAGGAUGUGGCUAGUUUUCUGCAGGAAUUUAAAGCUACCGAUAUCCUUCUUGGGGUCAUAUCCAAAUCUCGAUGUCCACGCCUCACAGAAAUUUGCGUGGGAAUCCUUGGGAACAUGGCUUGUUUUCCUGACACUUGUCUGACCCUCAGUCAAAAUGAAGACUUAGGUGUGGUGCUGUUGCUUCUUCUCGGAGAUACAGAUCCCCCAACCCUUCUGGAAACAAGCAGAUUGAUGCUGACCUGUCUAUCUCAGAAAGAUAUUAGUUCCCUGUGGCUUCAACGAAUACGCCAGCAGACAUCUGUGCAAUCCAACCUCUGUUUCAUUAUGAGGAGCUCUACCAACAUGGACCUGCUUGAGAAGGUUGGAGAGCUAGUUGACAAACUGUUUGACCUGGAUGAAGAGCUGAUGAAGAGCUGGAUCACAGCUCAGCCAAGUGACGAGGAAGAUGGUCAUGAAAGCCGCCUGGAUCUGGUCUCGUGCCUUGUUGAGGCCUCCAAGCAGCUUAGACCAGAGAGUCCAAAUGGUUUAGAGGUUUACCUUCACAUCCUCCAGCUCCUCACAACCACAGAUGAGGGUAUUCAGGCUUUUGCUUCCCCUGAUGGAUCUGGCCAAGCAGUGUGGGACUUAAUCUGUGAGUUGGUAUGUGAGGACUUUUGCCAUUCGACUGAACCUUCAGUCAUCCUGCAGGAGCACAAGAGCCUUUUGGUCCUGUCCUUUUCAGUCCUUCAGGCUUUGUAUGGAUGCCAGGAUCAGUGGACCAGCAAAGGCGACAUCAGCCUGGACCUUAUUGCAAACAUUUUGAAGGUGCUCCAGCACCACAGUGAACACACAGAUCAUAGCACCAGCAAUGAAGACACACAACAGUUGCAAACUCUGGCAGAGAUUGCAACUGAGUUUCUAGCAGAUAUCUGCAACCACAUAACCAAGGACACAGUGGCAGAUUUGGUGGAGAAAGGUUUCCUGACAGAGAAGACUUGUCUCACAGCUGCAGGAAGUUUACUUCCCCAUUUUAAGGAUUCACUUCAGCACCUGCAGGUCAUGUUGUCAGAGGUUGAUCCCCAGUUGGCAGACGUGGUCGGGAAACAGUUUUCCUGACUGAGACGGUAUUCAACACUCAUCCAGACUCUCAACACUUUUUACUGCGGACCUUUAUUUCCCCAAGUCAGUCAAUUUACAUUUCCACUCUGCAGACUCGCAUGCCAUUAUUAUUGUGAGUCACUCUCAGUGGAAAUCAGUAAAAGUAACAAUGUGCUUAUCUUGUUGUAGUUGUUUCACAAUGUCUUUUUAUUAAAAACAAUUUAUGAUCA